GCAGGUCUGGAGGUUUGGAUCUUACAGCGAUGGCUUUCUACAAAGUGAUGUGUUUGGCUGCUGGGCUGAUGCUCCUGACCCAAGAGUCUGAGUCACAGCUGGAUGUUUGUGGUAAGGCGUCUCUGAACACCAGGAUUGUAGGAGGACAGGUGGCCCGCGCUGGCAGCUGGCCCUGGCAGGUCAGUCUGCAAAGAUCUGGGUCCCACUUCUGUGGAGGAUCCCUCAUUAACAGUCAGUGGGUACUGACUGCUGCUCACUGCUUUGAAACCAUUACUCCAACCGGUCUGACUGUGAAUCUGGGCCUUCAGAGUCUACAGGGAUCUAACCCCAAUGCAGCGUCUCGGACAGUAACACAGAUCAUCAAACAUCCAGACUACAACUCUGGUACCAACGACAACGACGUCUGCCUCCUGCAGCUCUCCUCACCGGUGACUUUCAACAACUACAUUUCUCCCGUCUGCCUGGCAGCUUCAGACAGCAUCUUCUACAGCGGUGUUAACAGCUGGGUCACCGGCUGGGGCGAUAUAGGAAGUGGAGUGUCCCUUCCUUCUCCACAAAACCUGAUGGAGGUGGAGGUUCCUGUUGAGGGAAACAGGAAGUGUAACUGUAACUAUGGAGUGGGAUCAAUCACUGACAACAUGAUCUGUGCCGGGUUAAGUGCAGGAGGAAAGGACUCCUGUCAGGGGGAUUCAGGAGGUCCAAUGGUGAGCAAGCAGAGCGGUCGCUGGAUUCAGGCGGGAGUCGUCAGUUUUGGGAAAAGUUGCGCCUUGCCUAAUUUUCCAGGAGUCUACGCCAGAGUAUCCCAGUACCAGACCUGGAUCAACAGCCAGAUCUCCUCCAACCAGCCGGGCUUCAUGACGUUCACGUCCACUGGGACCAACAGUGACCUCAGUGUCUCCUGCACAGGACUGCCACCAGUGCCAACCACCACCCCUCCAACCACCACACCUUCAACCACCCCAACUACUCCUAUAACCACUACAACCUCCUCAGCCGUGGUCUGUGGACAAGCUCCAAGAACUUCUGGGAUUGUGGGAGGAACCUCAGAUGCGACAGCCGGCUCAUGGCCGUGGAUGGCGAGCUUACAGAAGAAUGGAAGUCACGUGUGCGGUGGGACUCUGGUGGCCUUGGACUCAGUGCUGAGCCACGCCAAGUGUUUCUCAAGCUCCCCUGUAGCGUCCGAGUGGACUGUCGUGUUGGGGCGUCUGAAGCUAAAUGGAUCCAACCCCUUUGAGGUGACGCUGAAUGUGACAAAUAUCACUCUGAGCAACACGACCGGGACCAACAUAGCCAUCCUCCGUCUAUCUGCCCAGCCCACCCUGACCGACUACAUCCAGCCCAUCUGCUUGGACAACGGGAGAACCUUCGCCGAGGGCUUGGCGUGCUGGGCGGCCGGUUGGAGUCCUGGAAGAGGAGGAGCUGAGGAAGUUAUGCAGCAGUUUCAGACCUCGGUGGUAAACUGUGGGAACUCAUCAUCGAGUGAGAGCAUCUGUACAGACGUGUUUGCACUGCAGCAGGGUGAUUCUGGCGGCCCGCUGAUGUGUAAGCAGGGCGGCUCUUGGUUCCAGGCGGUCGUGUUAACAGAUCCAAGCCCCUCUGCCAGGAGGAGACGAAGCUCAGUCAUGACCUUCACCAGAGUGAGCACCUUUGACUCCUUCCUGACGAAGACGCUGGGGACACUCUUGUCUCCACCCUCCACGACCACCACCACCAACCCCACCAGCGCCUCCAACACCACCAUCAACCCCACCAGCACCACCAACACCACCACAACUACCUCACGCCCCGUAUCACAAAGCAGCGGGGGUCGUCCUGCUCACUCCUUCAUCUUUGUCUUCUUCCAUCUCGUCAGCCUCACCGUUUGUCUCCAGCUCUUCCUGUAGAGAGUCUGACUUGAUCGACAUGUAAUGGACACAAAUGAAUGUGAACAAGCUUUGACUCUAAGACUUUACAGGCUUAAAGCUCUGCCUGCUAAUCUUUGACUUGAUUCUGAACUGAUUAUCUACAAAGAGCUCAGUGGUGACGUUUGGGCGAGUUUACUGUCGGCUAACGGCGCCUUAGGUGCUCCACUUCCAAGAAAAGGAAGCUGGUUGUACAAUGUGUGGCUUGAGCUCUGACUGACAGGGGCUUUGAGCUGGACUCUGGUUUAAGGGUGUAAAAAUGAAGAAGUUCUUUAAACUUGCACUGAACAUUAAACGGUAGCUCAAAUGUUUAGAAGUUCAUGUUUUCUUAAGCUAAACAGAUCAUUAGUGUGUCUGCAUCACUGUUACUGUUUCAUAUAUAUCUCUAGAUUUUAAUUAAUGCAACAAUGAAAGAUGUGAAAUCUGCAUAUUUUAUAAUUUAUUUAUUUUUUUUUAUUAUCAGAUACUGAUCAUUGUACCUGAUCAUCAUUGUGAACUCUGUUUUCAGGACAGAAUAGAUUACUUGUAACCUUACAGUCACAAACAUAUUGAUGAUUACAGACAGAACUGAAGUUAUUCUUGCAGUUUUUGGUUACGUCCACACGUACACGGGUAUUUUUGGAAACGGAGAUUUUCCGUUUUCGUUUUAAAAAAUAGUCCCGUCCACAC